AAUAAACGUUUUCUUAUUUUCGCUCAAAAAGUUUCAAUAAAAUUAUGUCAAAUCAGCAAGAUCAAAAUUAAGACGGAGACAGACAGAAAUCAAGCAAAAUGUCAAAACGAAAAUGUUACGACGCAUUUAUUUCUUAGGUGUAUUGUUAUUAUUGUGUAUCACUGAUAUUUCUUUUUGUUACGACUAUUUAUCGAAUGAAGACCUAAAUUCAGAACAAGUGAAUAGAAAAUUUCGAGUUGGUGGUAGAAAAUCAAGAAGAAAAUUCGAUCGAAGAAAUCAAGCACAUAUAGAUGUAGCCAGCUUCAUACAAAGACCUGACGAAUCUUUGGAUGAGAAUGAAACUUAUGAGCAAUUUAAACAGAAUAUCAAGGGUCAAAGCAUCGAUUAUGGUAACUUUGGGGCAGCUAAUAUAAAUGAAGAAGUCAAUAAAGAUACUAGAGAAUAUCAAAAUUUGUAUGCUGAUAAAAUUCCUGAAGUCAACAUAUUAAAUGCAAAACACUUUGUUCCUCAACAUAUGAAUUUAAAUGGAUUAUCUAUGGAUGCAAUACAUUCUCCAAAUAUUGAAUUACAUAAACUAGGAACUAUUAAACAAUUUGAUUCUCCAUAUGAGAGGCAUUUUUCACGGAAGGAAAAGAAAUGUGCUGGUUUGAAGAAAAUGAAAUUUCCGUUUUUUUCCCAUAACAAUGCCAAAGAAAAAGUGCAAGAUAAAACGCCUGCAAGAACUAAAAAUAAAGAUAAGAAAGAUAAAAAGAGAAGACUAUUUAGCCUACGAUCCAAGGGCUCACGUAAAGUUAAAAUACAAAGUACAAGCGUAACACAAAAAACUAUGGGUAUCACGAAUAGUAUAAUGGUGAAAUCUACAGACGCUAACAUUGAGGCAGAUAAAAUCUUUAAAAGAUCUUACUUUGAAAAACUGUGUCCUGCCUGUAAAAAAAUAUUCUUUGGAAAUUCAAAGUCAGAUGAAAGACGUAAAACUUCAAAUGGCAUAAUACAUAAUAGCAGACAAUACUUCCAAAGGAAAACCCAUAAUCCUCUAGCCCAGGAAAAUGAUAAACCGACUAAUUUUGAAAUGAAACCAAACAGUUUAGAAAAUGUUGAUUUUGAUAGUUCCAUACAAGAUAGGAGGAGGAAAAGAGAUCUUGAGACGAUCGAAGAAAAACAAAAGAAGGUAUUAGAAGAAACAGAAAAAGUUUAAAGCGUAAGGGUGAAAAAUGAGAAGUAAAUUAAUAAUUUUAUAUCUGUAUAAGUAAGACUUCGAAUGUAGGUGUACAAUAUUUCGUAAUAAAAUGUAUUUGUUUUAGAAUUAAAGGUAUUCAAUACUUA